GAUUUAAAUACUAUUUCCAUCAAUUAUAUCCACCAGUGUAUUGACACUGGUCAUCUACAGGGACACUACUUUUCCGGUGAUUUACCAAUUUUCACGAUGACGGGUCAACUAUCUGCGUGGAUGGCCAUUGUUGUGUUUUGCUGUACUACAGUGGUGAUAGAUGAAGUCCGUGGAUCUUCCGCUGAGGAUUACAAACGUCUCCACAGGUCACUGUUAGCCAACUAUUCUACAAGCGUCCGUCCUGUCUUAGACCAAGACGAUACAGUCUUUAUCGCCACUGCUUUAUACCUAGCUGGGAUCAACGAUGUAGAUACUGUCGCUCAACGCCUGGUCACAACUGCUUUCCUUGAUUUGGCGUGGUUCGACGAAUUUCUUCAGUGGGACGAACUAAGCACCGGUAUCGAAAUAAUGUAUUUCAAACAGAAUGAAAUAUGGACCCCAGACUUGGUAUUAAAGAAUAGUGUUCAAACUGUAAAGGAGCUUGGUGGAGAUUUCUACUACUUGAGCGUUACUUCAGAUGGUCUAGUAAGAUGGCUGCCUUUUCAAGUAUUUGAAAGUAAAUGUGCCAUAGAUAUCACCUUUUUUCCUUUUGACGACCAGACCUGCUAUAUAACAGUCCACAGUUGGAGCUUCAAUAAAUACGAGGUGAACGUGACCCAUUUCUUAAACGACGAUUUUCCUGUAAACUUUUAUGACUUUGUAGAAAAUUCGGUCUGGAGUAUCGUAUCAACUGGAUCUUCUGCAUCUCCAGAGUCGGAAGUGGACUCGGAAGUUACAUUCAUCCUGCACUUGCGCCGAAAACCUCUCUACUACAUCAUGAAUCUGAUCUUUCCUGUUGUUCUUCUAGGAUUUUUAAAUCUUCUUGUAUUUGUCAUCCCUGCGGACGCCGGAGAAAAAAUGUCUUUCGCGAUGACUGUUUUCCUGUCCUUCGCUGUGUUUCUGUCCAUCAUCAGUAUGCAACUACCGACAAAUUCAGAUAAGACAUCACUAUUAGGAGUUUAUCUCGUAUUUCAAAUGAUAUUAGGGGUAGGGACUAUAACUAUUUCAUCACUUCAACUUCGGCUUCACCACCGAAAUUCAGAGGUUGGAAGAUUUUACAGAGGAAUCGUGAAAUUCGAGCGAUAUCUCCGGUGUACAAAAUGUAAGAAGUUUCCGAGAAUCAAACCAGUUGGUGAAGAUAAUUUGGACGUGGUUGAUUGGAGAGCGGUUUCGUCUGCAAUAGAUUUUGUUUCUUUAUUUACAAUGUUAGUUUUAGAAAUCGUAGCUAUCUCUGUCUUAAUGGUUAAAUUGAUUCAUAGUACCCGUGGUUAGGAACGCCUUUAAAUAUUUAAUGUUUAUCAAACAUUGAUGUUUUGAUUUUUUUUUUAUUUCCAUACUCCAUAAAAUUUGUGCAACUGGAAUUUUAUCCAACUUAACUGUACGCAGGAAUAACCAUUUUAUUACUUAGAAACCCUUGCACUCAUGAGGGGCAAAACCUUAUACUCAGACGGAUUAGUGUCGACAAUCGGGCUUGUCGGUCAUGUCACACCAUCAGAUUUCUCGAAGACUGUACGUAUACCAUAUGAUUUGGGCCUCUGUAUGUAAAACACUGGACUUUGACUUGUCAAAACAGUAAAGUUUGGAGUCAUAUAUUUCAUUAUUUUAAUUGAAGUUUAUUUUAAUUGGUGGAGAUAUAUUUAAAAUCAUUUCAGACCAAUAAAAAGUCGAUCAGCAAUAUUACAUCUUUUUGUAAAUUUUGAUUUCAACCAACUUUACAUUGCGUUUGAAAGUUUUUAUUUUAUGAGUAAAUUUGAGCAAAUUCGACCUCUAUUACUAUUUAGCAUAAUUUCGCAUAGAAUGCCGUCUCCGGGGGGUACUGUUGUUUCCGGGCUCCUUGGAUCACAAUGGUAUUUCUAAUUCUGCCUAUCAUAUGUUAAUGCUGCCAGAUAAUUGUAACCGGUGCAUUGUUUAUUCCAUUUCACAUUGCACAAAUAUUUAAGUAAAGGUCAUGAAAAGGAAAUCAAUGGUGAUUUAAUUGUUGGUAGGUUAAUCCAAUAAGGUAAUAUCAAUUUUGUAUAAGCCACGUUGCACAAAUAUUUAAGUAAAGGUCAUGAAAAGGAAAACAAUGGUGAUUUAAUUGUUGGUAGGUUAAUCCAAUAAGGUAAUAUCAAUUGUGUAUAUGUUAACUAAAAAAAAAUAGUCGCUGAAUUAUUAUAACGUAUCUAUCUAUACUACUAUUUAUAUAAUAUUAAAAUAAUA